GCAGUUGUGAGCGCGUUGAAAAUUGGAUACAUUAGUUUUCAUGUGUAUUGGAUGUUUCAGCGUGUGUGGCAUCGGAUGGGAUGCAUCACAGACCUCCUCCACUCUCCGCUCUUUAUGGUCCGUGUAGUAUCGUCGAUAGUGCGGGGGAGCGCAAGAUAUCAGUUACUAGCGGAUCUACGAAAGGUUUGCCCGAGUGCUCACAUCGCCUUGGCCUAA